AUGGGAAUGCGGCCGAGCGAUAAGCCCGUAGAGAGCGAGCCAGCAAGCCAGCGAAGCAGCGAGCCAACGGGCUCGCGGUCCAGCGAGCCAGCUCAUCAGAACCGAAAGCGGUGGCAGAUGCGGGCCGUGCUCGAGCGGCCCGGGUGUUCAGCUGUGGGCAACUGCGGGCCUGGCGUUGAGGCGCCGGCAGCUGCGGAUCGGGCUCGAGCGACGUUAGAUAGUGGGCCGAGCGUCCGGCAGAGAGUAACUGCGGGCCGGGCU